GCAACAUGCCAAUGACUAAUAUCGGUAAAAUGAGUUUUCUUUUUGUAAUGGCGUUUCAGCAAGUAAGCAGCGUAUUACCAAAAGUAAUGAAGGCUGAAAUAACUCGGGAAAAGUUGAAAUCAGAAUAUGAUUGCAUAGGGCUCAUUGGAAAAUCCGAAAAGGAUACUAAAAUGCUGUUACGUGAUUGUGAGUUCGCCAUGAAAUCGAGUGUGAUGACUGAAACGAAAAAGUUUAUAGAAAACGCCGUUGUGGAAGAACUAACAGAGAUUAUACAUAACUAUUUUGAGAAAGAUCGUGCAAUUUUUGCCAGACGUAAAAGAUUCACAGAUAUGGAUUGUCCGACGCUGAAUAAACAAGAUUUAUCAUCAAACGCAAAAGAAAUGCGAAAGAGAAGUCUUGCUCCUUUUGUGUAUAAACCAGAUUUUAAUCCUAACAGAUUUCCCAAACUUGUUUUGCAUGGUGUCUGCCUUUGCAGCGGAUGCAUCGAUUUAACAACAGGCCGCGAAACACUCAGUCUAUCAUCUCUAGCAAUAACUGGUAAUGUCACAGUUUUCUACAAAGAAGCCGGUGCGAUGGGUUAUACAAAGCGAGAGGAGCCGAUACCAAUUGGAUGUACUUGUGUGUAUCCACUCCAGAGUACAUAA